CCCUAGCUUGCUUGUUGCUUUGUUUGAGUUAUGGCGUCGUUCUUGAAGUGGGUCUCCGAAUUAUACGGGAAGAAAUUAAUUCUUAUGGCGCUUCUGAUAAACAUUGAUAUUUGUUUAGGUUUGGCAAAUACCACGAUUGACUGUAUGGGAUACGGAAUUCCUGGACGGAGUACUGUAUUGACUUGUGAAAUAGCGGGCACUGUAGUUGCUGGAGUCCGUUGGAUUCGACCAAAUGGUGGAACACCAUUAAUGGUGAUGACAUGUAACAAAGCUAACACUCUGUGUUUGCCAACUGGUGGUGUAACUGGCUACGGUCUUUCUCGUGACUCGCCCACACACCAGACUCUCACCAUAGAAUCGUUCAACUCUUCGGUAGAUGCUGGAGAAUGGAUUUGUCGGGAUGGAAUAACAGGAGUUGGUAAAUUUAGAUGUAAUAAAAUUGUUGCAAGUGGUCCAGACUCUGUUACACUCAGUAUUCCAUCACCUGGGUUAGCAGCAGAAGGAGCCAAUCUGACUGUGACGUGUGCUGCUAGUUGUAAACCACCAUGUUCCUAUUCCUGGACUCUCGGAAAUCAGCAGAUCUCAGCAACCUCUCUGUUAAAACUGACAAACAUCAAUAGGAGUCAGACAGGGAAUGUGUACACGUGUACAGCAAACAACUCACUUAUACCAAAAUCUAAAACUAAACAGUUCACACCCACAGUAUACUACGGACCAGACCGAGUCCAGUUAAACAGUACUUCUCCUCUGACAGUGAAGGAAGGUGACGAUGUAGAUGUGUCAUGUGGAGCUACUAACUGUUCUCCAUCCUGUUCUUUCAUGUGGCAGUUUAAAUCUCCGAUAGAACCAAGCAGUUCCGUGCUGUCAUUAAAUAACAUACAGAGAUCAUCAGCUGGUGACUACACCUGUACUGCUAGAAACACAAACACACAGAAAUCAUUAGACAAGACCAUUACUCUAGAUGUGCAGUACCAAUCUUCAAUCACUUCUCUGACAUUGAAUACAAAUUCUACAAAGGUUACAGUUGAUGAGCUGACUCCUAUGAUUCUGAGAUGUGAAGUUGACAGUAAUCCAGGAUCUCACAUCAAACUGACGAUGAACUCACAGACUCUUCGUGAAGUGACAAACUCUAAACAGAUUGAGUACACGUGGAACGAGGCUGGAUGUCUGAAUACAGGACACUACACGUGUGAAGCGGGCAACAACAUCAAAUCAGUUGUCAGAGAAAGUGUGCAGCUUGUUGUCAGAUGUUCACCAAGACUACAGCAUGGAGUUCUAGUGCAUAAACAGUAUGUAGCACCAGUAGGUGGUGAUGUAACUAUGAAGAUAUCAGUGAUUGCCAAUCCAACACCCACAUUCACCUGGUAUCAUCUGACUGGAGGGAAUAAAAACAGACUUGGGUCUAGAAGUCCAGAUGCAACUGGCAUAUAUGUCGUUGGAAAACUUACACUGACAAAUGUUCAGCAGAGAGACAUUGGUACCUAUCAUGUUGUUGUGUCAAAUGGAGCGCCAAGACAGGAUCUUAUGGUGAACCUGGCACUUAGUGUAGCAGGUGCACAAGAACUGGCUCUUUCUGGAUCUUCAUCUUAUGCAGUGUUGAAUCAGCCGUUUACCUUGACAUGUACAGUGACACAAGCUGCUGAUCUUGGUGAUACCGUACAAUUCUAUUACAAUAUAUAUACUGAUGUAUUUGCUUCACUGUACCAGAGUGGUGGCUCAUGUACUGAGUUUAGUGGUCCCAGCCUACGAUCUGAUUACUCCGUAUCCUGUGGAAGUGGAACAGACAGCAGCUCGUCCACCACUAAGAAAUAUACUCUGAAGAUCAACAGAGUCGCAGACAGAGAUGCCAUAGACUGGUGGUGUAUACUGAGUUCAGGGAGAAUACGCAGCAACAAAUAUAAUCUGCAGCUUAGCACAAAUCCAGUUCCCAAUCCAGAGAGUCAGGUUUCGGAAUCCACUAUUAGUAUAAUAGCAGUGGUUGCUGUUCUACUGGUCGUCGCUAUUGCAGUAUCUUGGUUCUGGUACAAGAGGAGAGUGAACCGAGAACCAAAAUCUGAGCAAGAGAAAACUGAAAAGACAACUCAAGAAGGAUGUGAUGAGAGAGUCCUAGUUGACAAUCCAGCUUUUGAACAGUCAAAUUAAUUAGUUGUAAACUUGCUUGCUUGUCAAUGUUCGGAGCAGUCGAUUUCAACAACCAUUGCUAGCUCGAAACAGUUAACCAAUUAAAUGAGUGCAGGUUUUAUGAUCGAGUACAACAGAGUUGAAAACAAAAUUAUUUAUCUUCUUGUUCUGUGGCUUUUGAAUGACUAAUCAAUAUGUUUAAUGUUAAAUUAAAGUUCAAAAUAUUAGUAAUUAUCCAGUAUUCAUUACUCGUUCGUUAAUUACUGAUUAUUAAUUAUUACUAAUUUAAUUGAUUAAUAAUUAAUUACUAACAAUUACUAAUUACUUACUUAUUAUUCGAAUGCUGACAAUGAAAUAUUUAUGUAAUACACAGUACGGGUAGAAAUAAUAUAUACAGUUUCAGGAGCUAAUCUCUCUAUAGAAUGAGUUAAUUUGGGGGUCAAUUAGAGGGCAUUAUUUCCAGACCUGCCUAUUAAACAAUCAAAAUUAUUUUUAUGCCUAUAUAAAUAUCGUUAAUUUCUUUAUUUCAAGUUCGUUGUCUCUGAUAUUCGACUGGUUUUCUUAACUCUGUUCAAAGUAUAUUUCACUUCUACUUAUAUCAUGGAUUUUCUUUAUAAAAUAUUAUGAUAUGCAGGAAACCUGAUAAAAAUAACUCUUGUAAUAUCCUUUCCUAUAAAGCAUAUGCGAUGUUAAUAUCAACGAUAUCACAGUUAUUUCAGUGAAAAUUUUUAUCUGCAGAGGUCAGUCGAAGUGGAGUUAUCACGUCUGUUGUCCUAACUAGGUACUGCUUUGAAACAGAUAUGUUUAAUUUUCAGACAAUAUGUAUUUUGUUUCUUCUUCUUAAAAAAACACCUACGUGAUAACAUAUCUUAAACAAAACAACAUAACAUAGCAGUGACACUCCAUUGUAAUUUUUGAAACGCCUUACCUUGUUUGUUUUGUGUGUUUUUUGUGUGUGUUUUGUUUUUUAAUUUUUAAAUAGUUUAUUGCCUCAAAAUGUGUUAUGGUAAUGUCAGGGAUAGGACCCCGAGUUCAUCACCUUAGAUAUUAUAUAUAGCAAAUUACAGUACAUAAUCUUCAUCUGAAAAUAAAUUAACAUGAAUAUCAGAAUGAAAUAUAAUAAUUACAAAGUGGUAAUAAAAUAUAGACUAAAUAAAGAUAUACAGAAAAGAUAACGGAUAAGUAGAUAUACUUUCCAAACAGGUAUCGUGAUUAAAAACAUGUAAUACCAAGUGUUUCAAAUGUAGCAUUCUAGAACUCUCAACCAAGGUUCCCAGUUGUCGAAUUGUGUAUGUAACUAGUUUAAAAAAAAAAAUAUAUGUACUUGUUUAUUUGUAACUUAUAUUUGCUGAAAUGUUUAUUUCCAGUUUCGUUUACUGUACUCUUUUUGUAUCUUUGUUUUAUAUAUGUAAUAUUUUAUGUUAACAAUUAACCAAUUUACAAAACUAUUUUAACUAUUUAUAAUUCCAAAUAAAACUGUGGUUCUAUUCAUCGGGAUAAAAUCACAUUUUUAUAAUAACCAAUCUUCUAUAGUACUCCAAAGUUCGACAACUUUAGGGUUGUCAUAAAAUAGCAGAAUAGUACAUUGUAAUACUUUGCCCAUACUAAACAGAUAACAGUACACUUAUCUUACGAAUAUUUAAUGUGUGAUGUUGAAACAAUAGAUGAUUUAACUAGUACUUUAUGGAAAUGUUUAGUUCCCGAUUUGUCCUUUCAGAGGAGCUUAAUUUGUUAUGUAAAUAUAGGUUGUUUACCUAAAUUGAAUGUUUGGUUAUUUGAAUUAAUAUGUUCCUGUAUAAAAAAAGGUUAACUGCCAUUAAUAAAGAUGUAUAUUCUAAAAACAA